AGAGAAACUUUGACAAAAACACUACUGAUAACCAAAGAUAAGCUGAUUAAAGAAGCUGAUGGAGGGUUUCCAAAACUUACAGGGGAACAUGUUGAUCUUGUCAUGGCAGUAUAUACUAAAUUAACUAUAUCCAUUGAUUUUCUUUUGUUUUUUUUUUAUAUUAUAUGCUUGAAUAUAUAGGAUAUAUUCUUUCACCUAGCACAAAAUGAUAAUACUUUAGUUGACUAUCUACUAGUUGACUAUCUACUACUAAAUGAGUUCAUCAUUUUUAAUCUCAUCUUUGGUCAAGUUCUUGAUUUGUCCUGUGGCUCCCUCAUAUUGACCUUCAUUUAUAAAUAUGUGCUAUUAAUUUUCUUAAUGUUCCUGCCUCCCUGCAGUCUUCUAAUGAAGCAAAAGAAAUUUCUCUACCAUUUCAAGAACAUGAGAUGGGCUAAAGGCCGUCAUGAAACUUACCUUUGUUAUGUAGUAAAACAGCGGAAUAGUGCCACAUCCUGCUCCCUCGAUUUUGGAUAUCUGCGUAAUAAGGCAGGUUGCCAUGUUGAAGUUCUCUUCCUGCGUUACAUUUCCACUUGGGAUCUGGAUCCAAGGCACUGCUAUCGUAUUACUUGGUUCACCUCCUGGAGCCCAUGUUACGACUGUGCCCGGCAUGUGGCUGACUUCUUGUGUGCAUAUCCUAACCUGACACUGCGCAUUUUUGCUGCCCGUUUGUAUUUCUGUGAGGAGCGCAAUGCUGAGCCCGAAGGGUUGAGACGUCUACACCGUGCAGGUGCUCAGAUUGCCAUCAUGACAUUCAAAGACUAUUUUUACUGCUGGAACACCUUUGUGGAAAACCGCCAAAAAACCUUCAAAGCCUGGGAAGGACUUCAUGAAAACUCUGUGCGUCUUACCAGACAACUCAGGCGUAUUCUUUUGCCUCUUUAUGAAAUUGAUGACCUGCGAGAUGCUUUCCAAACCCUUGGACUUUAA